UUAUUGAAGUGAAGUGAAGUGAAGCAUGAAGAUCAUUUUCGAUGUAAACGUCAAAUAUUGGCUUAUUUCGUUAAGACACUGUAAAUACAGUUGCGUCGUGUGUGUGCAUAUGUGUGUGCUUCUGCCAAAUUAUAUAUCGUUUUAGCUCGGAUUGAUUCUUGAUCUUUGCUUUCGUGUGAUAACACUGACACUACUGCUGUUGAAAUCGACAUAUUUCAAUUGUUUCAGAAUUAUCAGUAAAUUGUGACUACGGAAAAUCAAAACGCAUCUGAAAUAUCAUACAAUGUUAACAGACGUGAACAGCCUAUUUAUAAACAAAAUGCACAAGACGUGUGUGAAAUUAUUGAUCCUGGUGCGAUUGAACAACACUGCAUUGCCGUCAACUACGAAAACAAUUCUCGCCACGUCUCGGUCGUGUUCGCAUUUAAAUCGUUAGCGUAAGAGCCGACAAACGCUCCUAUCAUACACGUCGUAUACGCUCUCCACUGUUACUGUUUCUGUUCAUACGUGACACCGGUGCGCGACGCAAGACGUGAGCACACAUUACGUUACUGAGGCUCCAUUGACACGUCUGCUAACGUACUGUCAAAAUGUAGAAGAUCUCUCAGCCUUAGUAGCAAGUAGUGUUUGCUGCAUUUGAAGAGUUGGCAACGACGGAGCUAUCAUGUCAUCGGAUUUUCGCGAGUGAGUUCGAGCUCGAAUCAGAAACACGACAACUUAAUUUCCCAAUUCCGUUUCUGAGAAGAACAAAUAAGGAAAACGCGAGGUGACGGACAGAUACAGGAAUAAACGGCGAGAUUGCACAUGUGAUUCCCCCGUGUAGUCGACCUCAUUUGGCAGACGCGAUGAAGAAGUUCACGAUCAAGGGUGUACUCGACGGAUUCCGAUCAUCAGUCCCGCAGCCUGUUAAGCCCGACCAGGAAAUCGUUGAGAACCUGAGACCGGAACACUUUCAAGUUAAGAGGACAUUCAGACAUGGUUUUCCGCAUCAACCGACAGCGUUGGCAUUCGACCCAGUGCAAAGGCUUCUAGCCAUAGGCACUAAGUCGGGAUCCCUCAGGAUUUUGGGUAGACCAGGUGUAGAUGCGCACGUUAAGCACGAAGGUUGUAGUGCUGUGAUACAACUACAGUUUUUGAUUAAUGAAGGAGCCUUGGUAUCUGCAACGGCAGACGACACUUUGCACUUAUGGAACUUUCGUCAGAAGAUACCGCAGGUGGUACAGAGCCUCAAAUUUCAAAGAGACAGAAUCACUUGCAUUCAUCUACCACUUCAAAGUAAAUGGUUGUACGUCGGAACAGAACGAGGAAAUAUCCAUAUACUGCACAUUGAAACGUUUGUCCUAUCCGGCUAUGUAAUUAAUUGGAACAAGGCCAUUGAAGUAUCUAGAAAGACCCAUCCUGGUGCUGUAGUACACUUGAGUGAUAAUCCUUUAGAUUUGAGCAAGAUGCUCAUAGGAUAUGAGACUGGCCAAAUUGUUCUUUGGGACUUAAAGAUAAAGAAUGCUGACUACAGGUGUCAAACUGACGAACCGUUGAAAUCGAUAACAUGGCAUCACGAAGGUAAACAAUUUAUGUGUAGUCACACGGACGGUUCCCUUUCGACUUGGUCUGUUCGACAGCUAAGACCAACGAAUGUAACAUAUCCACAUGCAAAAUCCACUAAAGAUGGAGAACCUGAAUCUUGCAAACCCAUUCAAAAAGUAGAAUGGAAAUUAUCGAAAGCAGGGGAAGCAUAUGUAAUAUUUUCUGGUGGAUUGGCAUGUGACACUACUGGGAGAAUACCGAGCAUUACAGUGAUACAUGGAAAAACCACUACGGUACUCGAAAUGGAACAUAAUGUUAUAGACUUUAUAACGCUGUGUGAUAGUCCAUGGGCUAGUGAUUUUCAAGAUCCUUAUGCUGUUGUUGUUCUACUACAAAAUGACCUGGUUGUGAUAGAUUUGUUAACUUCUGGAUUCCCUUGUUUUGAGAAUCCAUAUCCUAUGGAUAUUCAUGAAUCUCCUGUGACAUGUUGCGCAUAUUUCGCGGAUUGUCCUUCGGAUUUAGUACCUGCAUUUUAUUCAGUUGGAUCCAAGUCUCAAAAGAAAACCGGUUUUAGCGAGAAAGAGUGGCCUAUUUCUGGCGGAGAAUGGAGUUCUAGUUCUAGCAGCUAUAACGAGAUUAUUCUUACUGGGCAUGCCGAUGGCAGUAUAAAGUUUUGGGACGCUUCAGCAGGGACGUUACAAGUCCUGUAUAAGUUAAAAACAGCGAAACUCUUUGAAAAGAGUAGAACACGUAGUAUAGAUUCCGAAGAAGAUCCAUUAGCGAUUCAACUUAUCUUUCUUUGUCCUGAGAGUCGAAAAUUAGCUAUUGCGGGAAGCGGAAAACACGUCGUAUUGUUUAAGUUUAAGAAGGUGGAAAGUAUGUCCGAAGUAGUGACUUUGGAGAUAUGUCUAACAGCGGAAACAGGAAAGGAAGAUUCACCGGAUGAAUCACCAGCGUCUGGAAACAUCGUGGGAAAUGUGGAGUCGAAAAAUACAGAUUAUAAUCAUCCGCUCAAAAUCAAGACGGGCUUGCAGAAGAGAGCUGCUGGUUUUCAAGCAACGUUGAUUUGUUUGACAACGGCACCUAGUGGGGAGCAACCUGAGAGUAUAACAUCGCUUAGUUUAAAUUCUUCGUAUGGCUUAUUAGCCUAUGGAAAUGAAUCGGGUUUAGUGAUCGUGGAUAUCGUGCAGAAGAUUUCUUUGAUUGUAUUGAACACUAGUGAUCUUGGAGGUGGCGCUGAUCCUUAUCAACGUGUCCUGCGCAGUCCCAAACGGCAAGAUGAAUCCAAACGGGAAAAUGAGGAUAAGGCAAGAAGUCCAAGUACUGAUCAGAGUCAGCGAGAAUCCGCAAUGGAAUCCGAGCCAAUAAUUACAAGGAUAGCAGAUUCUACACAACAAGUGCAACAGCAACAAUAUCUACGUAAUGAAAGUCAUACUAAGAUCAGUAAGGAUAAGCCGAGUGGGGAGGAAUCCAUGAACGAACCUAAUAAGACAGGAGGACACCUUCCUAAUGGUGAUGAAUGUCAGAAAAGUCAAGGUUGGAAGAGAUUUAGUCUCAAAAGACAACUAAGCAAGGUUGAUUUGAAGAUCAAAAAUACUUUUACACCGUCCUUAGUGUCUUCUCAGAAUGGGAGCUCAUCACCGGGGCUCAUGCAAGUACCCCAGUGUCAACAAGUAGGCUGCGAUACUGACAACCAAAAGUCCUCUAUAUUUUACUGCAACAUGAACGAAGCGCCCAACACAAGUCGUUCGCUAUCACCGGUCGAAAGUAUUGAUUCCGAAUCCUCCUGCUCGCCGGAAAAUCAAUCUCCUGGAAGUGAAAAUCCACAGACAAAUGAUGGAAAACGAGAGAUUCAAGACACUAAAAGCCCAACGGAAAGCAUAGACGCAAAAACAGUAACGACGACAGCGGUGAUGAUAACAACGACGACGACGACAACACCGACAAUGGCGACAAUGACAACAAUAACAGCUAUGAACAAUGACAAUAUUAACAUAGAAACUGAGGCAGUGAGACCGAUGAAUCUAUCUUUGCCUGAAUAUGAAGUAAAACCGCCGAGAUUGAAGCGUAUCUCCAAAAUGAAACAAACGAAGAGAGAGAACCGCUUGCUCUCAGUACCGAAUUUGAAAUUCCCCAAGAAUGAGGCGACUAUUUGCGACCUAAGAUGCGAAGAGAGCGUUACGUCCGAAUCGUUCACCUGCAAUCUUAUAAGAAGAUUCAGUCGGGUAGAUAAGUUUGACGGCUCUUUCCAACGAUCAAGGAGCUCGAGUAUGUCGUCCCUCGAAAAUAUCACUACAGAAACCAUUAGCUGCCUUACAUUUGCGGAUUCUUAUACGAAAAAAAGUGAUACAAGCGGUUUGCCAACUUUAUGGAUUGGCACAUCCCUGGGAUCUGUACAAACUGUUGUAUUCAAUACACCUGCUCAUGGGGAACGUCAUGCUCAUCCAGUGGUUGUGUCUACUUGUAAUGGAUCUACUUUCAAACUCAAGGGUUGUAUCCUUUCCAUGUCGUUCUUAGAUUGCAACGGUGCUUUGAUUCCAUAUUUAUACGAGUCUUGGAAAGACGAAAAUGUGGACGGCAAAGAACGCAACAAGAAUCAAGGGAAAUGUACAAAUAGCCGAAUGUCACCGUCGACACAAGUUAGUGGAGAUAAUUUCGAAGAUAGACAAUUUGUUGUGCUUGCGUCAGAGAAACAAGCGAGAGUUGUAGCAUUACCCUCUCAGAAUUGUGUAUAUAGACAACAGUUAGCGGAGACCCAUAUCGUAAUUAAGGCGGAAGUUACGUCUUUGAAAGAUAAUGUCUGCCUGGUAUGUUAUGUUUCUAAUGGUCACAUCACAACGUAUAGCCUGCCCAGUCUUAGACCGCUGAUAGACGUCGAUUUUCUACCUCUUAUAGAUUUGAGUUUUCAGACUACAAAACAGGGCAUUGUAGACCCCAUGUUGUCCAUAUGGGGUCAUCAACUCUUUGUUAAUGGCGAUACCGAUCAAAUCGCAAAGACGCUUUGCUUCAGCAACCGAGGCCAUUGUUUAUAUCUAUCAUCGCCUAUGGAGAUUCAGAAGUUUUCCAUUUCGAGUGAAUUCUGUGGUGAACUGACAGAGAUGAUGGGUGAUCUGUUUAUCGGCCACGAUAUGCCAGAACCACCCAAAGAGAGUUUCUUCAAAGGUUUAUUCGGCGGUGGUUCGAGGAGCCUCGAUCGAGAAGAAUUAUUCGGGGAAUCCAGUGGCCGUGCGUCGCGCACAGUGGCGAAACACAUUCCAGGACCAAAUGAAGCUCUCCGGGAGCGAGUUUCUAGCGCAACGGGUGAAGUGAACAUGGCACAUCAAAUGGUUGUGGAGCGUGGUGAGAAAUUGUCGCAACUUGAGGAACGGACAGCGCGCAUGAUGUCGGAGGCUGAGAAUUUUUCAACAAGCGCUCAUGGACUGAUGCUCAAAUAUAAAGACAAGAAGUGGUAUCAGCUAUGAGAACACAAUUUAGUUCGAGUUCUAUAAAAUGACACACGUUUCUUUAAUUAUUUAGCUUGUUAGUUAGCUUGUGUUUCGUUUUUGAGUUUUGUCGUAUUAAGAUAAAAAUUAGACAUAUUAUAUGAUCUUCACACGCACAUAUGGGAAACAUCUAUACGAGGAACAGAAAUAAGGAGAUAUUAUAUAAAUGCGAUUACAUUUAUGCGGCGCACAUGGUACACACGCACAUUCCGUAAUAAGAUAAACGUGAGGAACGUGCAAUUUGAAAUUUACGUAGGAAUGAACAAAAAAAUACCAGCAGAUUGAGGCACAGCAUUGCCGCGAUAUACUUGUGCAUGCAUAUAAAAAAGAGAGACGUACGUAUAAUUAUUAUAUAAAAAAAUAUAUAAAGUAUAUAUA